AUGGAGAAACAGGAUUUCAAAAUAAUGCCAACUGACAAUCUUCUUCUUGCUGGACAUAUUGAAGAAAACAGCAUCUCUCUUGAAGUUAAAAUUUACAACCAGGAAGAUGACAUUUACGUCCAUCAUGAAAUUUAUCUGCCAGCAUACCCACUAUGCUUUGAAUAUCUCGACUUUUCUAGCGAUAGUGACUCUAAAGUCAACUUUUUAGCUAUUGGCGAUAUGCAGAAAGACAUUAAUAUUUGGGACCUAGACACUGUUGAUGCGCUUGAUCCAAUCUUAACUCUUACUGGUCAUAAGGACUCGGUUCUAGAUUUAUCGUGGAAUUCAUUAACCCGUAAAACGCUGGCCAGUGUGUCUGCUGAUAAGACUGCAAGACUGUGGGAUCUUGAAACAAAAAAAACUACGCAGAAGUUUGAUUUUUACAAGUGCAACGUCCAAAGUGUUGCCUUUCAUCCCGUAGAAGCGCACAUUUUGCUGACUGGCGACUGUAGCGGACGAGCAUCACUGAUUGAUUGUCAGAGUGGAUCAGUUAAGAAAUGGAACGUUUGCAAAGACGAAGUUGAGAAGGUCAUGUGGAACAGAUACAAUCCAUUCACAUACUUUGUCGCCACUUCGGAGGGCUUUGUAUACUGCAUCGACUCUCGAAAUGAGAGCUCUAACCUUUUUACCCUCAAAGCACACAGUCAAAUGAUUUCUGGAGUUGAACUAAGUUCAUCUUGCAAUGGUUGUUUGGUGACUGCUUCAGCUGAUAAGCUUGUUAAAGUGUGGGACGUAAAAGAGAAUCAACCCAAGUUUGUCAAAGAGAUUGACCCUCAAGUCGGUACCAUAUUAUCGCUCAGUGCCAAUCCAGACUACCCUUUUGUUUUUGCCGUGUCCGGAGAUAAUAUUGCUGAAAAUAUGAAAGUGCUAGAUAUAUCCACUUUCAAAGCUG